AUGGCAGAGAAUGGAUACGGACCAUCGGCUGUCACAGGACAUAUUGGUCGAAUUCCUAAUUAUGGAAAAACACAUGUUAAUCCUAUGGGAAAUGUUGAGCCACCUGCGUGCAUCCAAAACGCAAUGAUGACGAAAGACAAGAAGCCCUUCACAUACACCCCUGGUGGUCUCGACUUGUCACAGAUCCGUACUCCAAGCAUGGCCAGGAGGCUAGCGAGGCAGCGUUCAAUGGAGGAGCAAGAAAAGGCUUAUGCGCCGCAACAGCAGCAAUUUAAUAACGGCGGUAACUACCAGCCGCAAGGUAUCCCGGCGCCACCGCCACCGCCGCCAUCUAAAAUACCAGUACCACCGCCACCACCUCCUUUAAUAAUAGAAGCGCCUAACGCAAAAUCAGCGAAACCGGUACCUUUAGGUGAAAGGCCCGAAAUCGUGAUCCCGGAAAACCCCAUCGGUAUGCUUCGAAAAACUAACAGCCCAUACCACUGGGAAGCGGAGAAAGCGGAAAUGUUGCGAAUGGGGCCGGUCCCGAAGUUCGUGGACAAAGUUCCGAGUCCAUUGACGGUGAAGCUUCCACAGCAGCAGAUGCAACAGAACUAUUCUACGACGGGACAGAAUGCACAACAGAGACGGAAUUUCCCAUAUAACAAUCAAAGCAACCAAGCACCUGAAAGUCCUAUUUAUCGACCGGAAGCACAAUAUGGUCACCAUGCGCCGAAUUCGGCUAGCUUAAGCGGAUCUCCACAGACUCGCGAAAUGUUAUUGAGGCAAGACUCACAAUUCAACAAAAGCCCACAACCAUUUGCAGGUCAAUCACCACUCAGUAAUGGUUCCCCGUACUCGCCUACACCGAACAAUAAUUGGAAGCAGCCCGAAAAGAGGGAUUCACCUGUCAACAAAACAAAUAGCCCCCUCACGCCACAAAGCAACCGUGGGCCGUUUUCGCCAGUGGCUCAACAGAGCUCACCGAAUUAUUCCAAUCAAUCUCCACCAGUUUUCCAUACAUUGCCCAGAACUGGACAAAGAAACCAAGAAUCGAUAAAUAAUAGUUUGCAACAACAAACAGCUCAACCGAGUCCGAAUAUAGAGCAAACUAGUUAUCCACCAUGGCGUACGAAUACACUUAACAGACAUCAGAGAGGGGAGAGUCAACAAAAUGGUGUUAAUAAUUAUAAUGCUAAUCAGCAACAAGCUUAUAGCCCUCCGUGGAAAUUAAGUGACGCUAAUAAUAAUGCGUAUAUUCCGCCAUGGAAACAAGAAGCUAGAACACCGGCUGCACAAUGUAAUCCACCAUCAUCCAAUCAGGAUUUUAAUAACAGAGCACAAGAAAACUCUACAGCUCCUUGGAGAACUCAAGACAGCUCUCAAAAUCGAACUGUACCCACGUCAAUAAAUUCGCAAGACCAACCUCGUUAUCAGUCCACUAUCUCCAUCCCAGUCUAUGGAAACCAAAGAAAACAAAACCCACCACCGGAAUACAACAGCUCCCCGAAAAAAGAAGCUGUUUAUGUCAAUCAAGAACCAGUGUUUUACUGUCCUGAUAGUCCAAAAUCGAUGCCACCGUGGGUGAAAACACAAAAAGAAAAGACUAAAACACCGCCUCCAGCCUGGUGUAGCAGACCUUUGGAAAGUAGAAGAAGCGCCCCAAGAGAUUUAGUGACGCCGCCGAGAGACACAAAUCAGGAACCCGAAUGGGUUAAAAAGAGCAGUGAAAUGCAAAGGGGUACGCGUGAAGUUGUCAGUCCGCCUAAGUAUCAGCAAACAGCCCAACCAAAUUGGUCAACGCGUCCUUCGGAAAACCGCAAAAGUGUUCCAAAGGACAGCACCACUAACAACCAGGGCACGAGGAUAAUUCCUAUUCAAAUGGAGGUGUCAACUACAGAGAACAGAAGCCAAAGCCGACCGGGAGAGCGGCAGCAACCUCAACUCAGGAUAGUUAUUGACAUGAAACAGAAUCCUGACGCCCAAUCUCGUGCGCAGGCACCAUACUCUCAGCCGACCCAGCGUAUCAUGAGAGUUUUAUCACCACAACUAGUUAGAAUAGACGAUGGACCAGCGCAACACGAGCUCCCAACGUUGAAAAUAGUAAUGGCGGUGCAACUAAAAGCUUCGGUGGGCGGUACUAAGGGAGCUGUUUGCACUGGUUCAAAGGUGCACUACCACAAAAUCAGCCAAGAGGGUCCGCCGCGUCAGUCGAGAACUUUCAAAGUGCUGCAAGUGAUGACCGACUCCGGAGUAAUUAACUCGAAUAAUGAGCAAGGCUAUACCGACUUU